AUGCCCGACAGCCCCAGGUUGUUGCAAGAGAAGCGGGUCUUGGCGGAGAUCCAAAGCCUUCAACGACAGAGAGAAGAGAUAUUUGCAUUUGGAGGGGAUGACAAGGGCGGAGAGAUGCGGGAGGAUCUUGCGGAGGACCACACGGAAUUCCACGAUGAGGCCGCACUGAAAAUGGUUUCUGAAUUGAACGUGCAGGUGGUCGUUUUGGAGUUCCGGCCUCCGGCAGAUGGAGACGCGGAGAAACUCUAUGGGGCAUGUUCUCUGAAUAAGUUAGAGGAGCUUGAAACGCUGUUGAAGGAGCCUUUGCAUCCUGAAGCGCUUAAGCCAAAAUCAUUGGAACAUGCUGUCCGUGCUGCUGUUGGCGCUUCGCAUUGGGAUUGCAUCGCUUUGUUAUUGGAAGCUGGAACAAAGACGAUUGUGGACUUGGUUUUCCCCCGUCAUCAAGCUGCUUUGGCUUUGGCGGAGGUCUUCCCAUCGCCACAGACCCGCAAGCGGCAUUCAGCCUUGAUGGAAGAAUUGCUGGAGAAGAUGGAGGAUCUGAACUCUAGGAUGGCUGAGGAGUCCUACGCAAGGCCUGAUUGGGAACCUGUGGUGAGGGUCCCUGUGGAGCCGGUCGUCAGGAGACCCGCUUGGGAACCAGUGGUGAGGCCACCUGUUGUGGAGCCAGUGGUCAGGGCACCUGCGCCGCCAUUUGUUCCUGCAGAACCGAUGGGAAGGAGGAUCCCGCACCCUGAGCCGGAGAUGAGGUCUCCAAGCCGAGGUAGGGAGAGGAGCCCAGCGGGCCUUACCGUGAAAGCCCGCAUCGCCCGACAGCUGGCAGCGAAGCUGGAUGCUUCUGUGCGGCUCUUCGGCACACGGAUCCGCGAUGUGGAGACUUUCCACCAGGCUGCCGAUGGUCAGUUCAAAGGAAGCAGAUACGGAAAGGUGCCACGGCACUUCGUGCCCAAUCGCGUCAUCGACCGCUUCGAGCUGAGUGAAACCCUACGGCGCCUGGACAUUUUUGCCACGCCCCAGGACGUCGAUCAGUUGAUCUCCACGACAUCUUCAGUGGCGCUGGAAGAGCUCUUUGAGAUCCUUCAGCAGGCUUGGGAGAGCCGCCGAGUGGCUCCCCCCACGUUGCCGCUCUGGCGCCGCUGA